GCAGGCCGGGCCGCCGGCCGAGCGGGAGGAAGGCGCCGGCGGAGCGGCCGGGCGCCGCGGCGGGCGGGCAGGCGGGAGGGAGGGGGUGGAAGUUGCCCUGCCCGGGGGAAAGUGCGGGGCCGGGGCGGGGGGGGACGACAGCAGCAGCGCGGCCGUUUUCAUCCCCAGGCAGUGUGCCCCUCCAGACGUCCCUGUGUUCACAUCCAGACCCCUUGGGAGAUCCUGCCCUGUUGCUAAUUGUCGAGAGCUGUCCAGAAUCCUUAUCGUUAAGAUCCCGCUGUGCUCCUGAGGUGUUGUGUUACCUGCUACGACGACAGCUCUCGCCAGAAUGCUAAGCAGCAGCUGCCGUCAGGGAGAGUAAGGCCAGUGGUGGGAACAGAACUAUAAAGUCACCGCCAAAGGUUCUGAAACCACAAGUGAAGAAUCUGAGUCGACCCACAACAGAGUGGCUCCUGUCUCCAGGCGGGACCGAGCUCCAGCCCGUCGCCAGCUGGAUGCCGCGGGAAGCACAGAGGCUUCUGAGAGCUCAAGUUCAAGUGGAUGCUGAUUGAGUGACCUAAAAUGUGAGCUUGGUGCAGCAGCCGCUCCUCUGAACAGACGGGGUGUGCAGAGACCGUCUAGCAUGCUCCUCCAAGCGGGCCGCUCAGCCGGUGCCAACAGCAGCCGUUCGAUUCCAGGGACGCCAGGCUGACCUCCCACCAACUGGGACCUGCAGAGCAGAAACUGUGUUGAGCUUUGGACGCCUCUUCCUCUGCCUGCAUACUUAUGAAGAGUCAGUGCUGGGCAUUAAAUGCAGCUCAGCCCAACUCAGCUGCUGUGUAUGAGUUUCUCCUCUGUUAAAGUUGAGCCAGAACCAGUUUCAAGGCAGCUGGAAGAAGAACCGACCUUCCUUUCUCCAGUGUGUUGGGAUCUUUACAGCAGCCCAUGCCGCAGCGCCUCGCCUGUUCCACCCGAACUGCCCGUGCCACUGGCUUGGACCUAACCUAGGAUAAAUCUCAGCGUGGCCGGGGGCGGGGGGGAACCAUGGGGAGCUCUGCCUCAUCGCUGGCCGCAGAGACGGAGUCGGACCAUGGCUUCACUAGCGCACCCUACCCGGGGCACCCAGCCGUGAGCUGGUAUAGGAGUAGUCACAGUGGCCCCGUUUGGGAAAGUGCCCUUAUAACGCGGCAGCAUCAGCAUUUACACCACCGGGUGCGAAGCCACUCCCACUCUCCCGGCUCCAUGGCUGCCGUCCGCGAGUGGUCCUGCACCCGCUGCACCUUUCUGAAUCCCGUCGGCCAGCGGCAGUGCUCCAUAUGCGAAGCCCCCCGCCAGAAGCCCGACCUCAACCACAUCCUGCGGCUCAGUGUGGAGGAACAGAAAUGGGCUUGUGCCCGCUGCACCUUCAGGAACUUUCUGGGCAAGGAAGCCUGCGAGGUAUGUGGCUUCACCCCGGAGCCAGGGCCCAGCGGCUCCCCCUUGCCCGUCAUCAACGGCAUCUUGCCCAAGCCCGCCGUGCUUGUGGAGCCCAAGGGCACGUCCAAGGAGGAGGCUGCCAAGGCAGAAAGCAGCAGCGAGGACUCGGAGGGGAAGAGCCCCGAUGAAGCGGAGCUGGAGAAUGGCUGGGCUUGCCAGCGCUGCACGCUGCACAACACGCCGGUGGCCAACUCCUGCUCUGCCUGUGGUGGCCCACGCAAGCUCUCCCUGCCCAAGAUCCCACCAGAGGCGCUGGUCGUCCCUGAAGUCAUCACCCCUGCCGGAUUUCACAUGGCCCCCUCUACCCCGCAGCCGUUGGUCUCUGCAGAGAUCUCUGAUGGUGACGCCGCAGCCACCCAAGGCCCAGUGGCUAUGGAACAAGAGGCCCAGAAGAUACCACCCUUCAGUCCCUUCUCCCCGGGGCUCCAGAACAACCCUGUGCCCCGAAGCCGCCGGGAGGUGCCCCCUCAGCUGCAGAUGCCGGGGCCCGAAGCCUCCCAGCCCGUGGCUCAGGGCGCAGCGGGGCAGAAGGGCUCUCCGCAGGGUCAGGCCAGGGCUGCCCCAGCUGCCCGCUUCCAGGAGCUGCUGUCUAACAAGCGGCUGAGCGUGCUGGAGGAGGAGAUGGAGGUCAGUCCGUCCCACUGGAAGUGCAGCUCCUGCUCCCUGCUUAACUCCGCUGGGGCCAGCAAAUGCGAGGCUUGCAGUGCCCAGAAAGGCAGCGACACCAUCAAUCUGGUGGGGGACUCAGUGAGAUUCACCCCGUGCAGCCCCUCCAGCCCUGACUUCACUACCUGGUCCUGUUCCAAGUGCACCCUCAAGAACCCCACCCUGGCCCAGAAAUGCAAAGCCUGCGGCUCCUCCAAGCUGCAUGGCUUCCAGGAGCACGGCACGCAGGGCGAGCCCUCCCCCCGCUGCCCCGACUGCGGGGCUUGCGACAAGGGCGGCUGCUCCUCUUGCAGCAGCAAAGCUCCGUCCGCCCGCAAGGUCGCCCGUCUCUUCCCGUCCCAGCUGCCCACCAGCCAGGAGAGGCCGGGCCAGUGGGCUUGUCCCGCUUGCACCUUGCUCAAUGAGGUGAAGGCCAAGCACUGCGUGGCCUGUCAUACCCCGCAGCAGUACGUGGCCCAGCGCAAGGGCCUCAAACCCCUGAAGAGACGGGAGAGCAUGCACGUGGAGAAGAGGCGGCAGACGGACGAGGGAGAGGCCAAGGCCCUGUGGGAAAACAUCGUGACCUUCUGCCGGGAGAACAAAGUCAAUUUUGUAGAUGACAGUUUCCACCCUGGGCCCAAGUCCGUGGGAUUCCCGGAAGGCGACAGCGUGCAGCAGAGGGUGAAACAGUGGCUGCGACCCCACGAAAUCAACUGUAGCAUCUUCAAGGACCGAUCGGUGAAGUGGUCGGUGUUUCGGACGCCCAGGCCCUCGGAUAUCCUGCAGGGACUGCUGGGAAACUGCUGGUUCCUCAGCGCCCUGGCCGUGCUGGCCGAGCGGCCGGAGCUGGUGGAGAGGGUGAUGAUCACCAGGACGUUGUGCCCAGAGGGUGCCUACCAGGUGCGGCUCUGCAAGGAUGGCACGUGGACCACGGUGCUGGUGGAUGACAUGCUGCCCUGCGAUGAAUGCGGGUACCUCCUCUUCUCGCAGGCCCAGAGGAAGCAGUUGUGGGUCGCCCUCAUUGAGAAGGCGCUGGCCAAGCUUCAUGGUUCGUACUUUGCCCUCCAGGCGGGGCGUGCUAUCGAAGGCCUGGCUACACUAACGGGUGCCCCCUGCGAGAGCCUGAUGCUGCAGGUCAGCUCCACUAACCCUCGCGAGGAGCCCAUUGACACUGACCUCAUCUGGGCCAAAAUGCUGAGUUCUAAGGAGGCUGGGUUCCUCAUGGGCGCGUCCUGUGGCGGAGGUAACAUGAAAGUGGACGAUGUGGCCUACGAGAAUAUGGGUCUGCGUCCACGACACGCCUACUCCAUCCUGGACGUGCGGGAUGUCCAAGGCUUCAGGUUACUGCGGCUCCGAAACCCCUGGGGCCGCUUCUCCUGGAACGGCAGCUGGUCCGACGAGUGGCCGCACUGGCCGGCUCCCUUGCGUCACGACCUCAUGCCCCACGGCAGCAGCGAGGGCGUCUUCUGGAUGGAGUACAGCGAUUUCAUUAAGUAUUUCGACUCCGUGGAUAUCUGCAAGCUCCAUUCGGACUGGCACGAGGUGCGUGUGCAGGGCAUGUUCCCCAACAAGGCCAAUGGGCCAGUGACGGUGACAUCGCUGACAGUGUUGGAGCGUGCCGCCCUGGAGUUUGCCCUCUUCCAGGAGGGCAGCAGGCGGUCGGAUACAGUGGACAGCCACUUGCUGGAUUUGUGCAUCAUGGUUUUCCGGGCCACCUUCACCAGCGGCAACAAGCUGAGCCUGGGCCGGCUGAUGGCUCACAGCAAACGAGCCGUCAAGAAGUUCGUCAACUGCGAUGUGAUGCUGGAGCCGGGCGAGUACGCCGUGGUGUGCUGUGCCUUCAACCACUGGAGUGCCACCUUGGCAGGCCCCGCCACCACCCAGGCAUCCAGUCCCACCAGCAGCCGACCGGCCACCGAUUAUUCCGGCUAUAUCCUAGCCAUCUACAGCUCCCGCUUGGUGAUGGUGGAGCAGGUGGAGGCGCAGCCCACCACGUUGGCGGACGCCAUCAUCCUGCUGACCGAGAACAAGGGCGAGCGCCAUGAGGGCCGCGAGGGAAUGACCUGCUACUACUUGACGCACGGCUGGGCAGGGCUCAUUGUGGUGGUGGAGAACCGGCACCCCAAAUCCUACCUGCACGUCCAGUGCGACUGCACCGACAGCUUCAACGUCGUCUCCACGCGCGGCAGCCUCAAAACGCAGGACAGCGUCCCCCCCCUGCACAGGCAGGUGUUGGUGAUCCUCUCCCAGCUGGAGGGUAACGCCGGCUUCUCCAUCACCCACCGCCUGGCGCACCGCAAAGCCACCCAGGCCUUCCUCAAUGAUUGGAUGUCGACGAAGGGCACCCACAACCCGCUGCUGACGCCCGAGGUUGCCGGGCUCCACGGGCCUCGGCCCCUAUGACGAAGCGCCUCCCCCUCCCCGCUCCGCUCCCCCGUUAUUUUCACCUGGGGUCACCCCCUGAGCUGUCAGCGUUGAGCCGUGGGGCAGAACCGGAGCAUCACACCCAGCACUUUGCCCUGCGCCGUGGGGCCGGGGCGAGCUCUCAGGGCCAGGACCAGCUCUGCCCGCCGCCCCGGCCCACCCCCCCGGCCCCCCACGCACUUUAUGGAGGAGCGGCGGGGGGCACGGGGCCAUCUCAGGAUCCCACCUGCCCCAUACCCGCGCUGGGACCCUCGGCCGGCCCCGGGGGGCUGUGGGAGAGGAGGGGGUGGCUGGAGGUUGCUGUCAAGGCCCUUCACAGGCACCACGCUCAGGACUCUGCCCCCUCCCGCGGCGCCAGGGCCCUGGCGCUGCACAAAUAAGAAUAUACCUCUGACGUCUGUCCGUCUGUGUGACCCUCCGUCUGUCCCGGGGCCCUUCCCACUGUCUUGUUCCCCCCCUUGCCCGUUGCUGGGACCAAUGUGGCACCGCAGCCGAGCUGGGGGGGUGCUGGGGUUGCCCCACGGCUGCUCGUGGCGGGGAUCCACUGCGGUGCCUGGACCCCCCCACCCCCAUCCACCUCACCCGUCCCGGGUGCCCCCCAGGCCGUGCCCGGGCAGGGGAGGGGGAGGAGAGGGCGCUGGGUUGUUGUAGAAAGCUGCCGCUGCUGGGUUUUCACCGCACCUGGGGGCAAAAAGCAGAGGUGCCCUCCAGGGUGGGGAGCGGGGCCACAGGGCGAUGCUAUGCCGGGAUGGGGGGGCGGCCUGCGGCAGUGGGGACCCCCCUCAACUCGUCACACCAGUGUUACUAUGCAAAGGCGGCCGCUGAAAGCAGUGGCUGGAGAGAAGCCAUGCGGCCCGAGCUGGGCUCAGCCCCCCCAACCCCGGGCACUGCGCUGCGGGGGCGAAGGGCAGCAGGUACGGACCCAGGGCUCUGCCGUGUUGCCCUGUGCUGGGGGGGACACAGUGAUUUUGGGAAAGGAGGUGGGGGGGAGCAGAGAACCCCGUCCUUCGGAGGGUCCCGUGGAAGGCAGUGAGCACAAAGCCAAGGCUUGCACGAGCCUGGGGGGUGCUCCGUGGUGGGGGCUGACACCCCCCCACCUCCCCCCCUGCCCCCGAAAGCGGGGCAUCAUGGCUCUCUGUGGGUGCGCGCGUGUGUGUGUGUGUGUGUUUUGGGGGUCCCCCGGUGUCACCCUCCCCUUCCCAGGCUGUGGGGACCUGCACCUGCGGGGUUGUGGGGGGGGGACGUUGGGAGACGCUGGGCCCUGUGAUGGCAGGGACCGGGCUGGGCAGGGGGACGCGUGGGCUGCGUGUCCCUCUGUGUCUCCCCCCGAGGGGUGGGCAGGGGGUGCAUUGUCGUGGCACCCUCCCGGCCCCCCUGGCCGGGGCUGCUGAGCCAGGCUCUGUCCGUAUUUCUGUUUGUUGGUCUGUUUUCUCUCUUCCCUUCUCCUUCCUCUUUGGGAUGAUUUGUCCUUCACUUUUUUUUCUUUUUUUUUUUUCUCCUCUCUGUCUUUCUGAGCUGUGAAUAUUUUUAACCCUGUAAAUACUGUCCAGCUCUUCAGAAACAUAGGAUAUUUUAUCAAUUGUAAAUCAGAUAAGUAAUCCCUGUAUGAUACGAAUUAUCCAUGGGUGGUUUUCAAACUCAGGUUCUGAUGGACCAAAUAAAGUUUUGUUUUUUACUGAA